UGUAAUAAUAUGAUGAAUGCGAAGCGUAGGGGUGAAGCGGUACUGCGGGAAGAAGAAGCUAAUUAGGCGACGCAACUUUGGCGUAGACGAAGAAGACCUCAUCAUCAAGCUCCAUGCGCUCCUUGGCGAUCGGUGGUCUCUGAUAGCGGGGCGGCUGCCAGGUCGGACGGAGAAUGAAGUAAAUAAGUACUGGAAUUCACACGUUCGGAGAAAGCUCAAAAGUGCAGGCAUCGACCCAAACAACCACCGCGUGGACCAAACCCUAAUUAUAACCUCGUCAUCAUCCACCACUUAUAAUAACCCUAAUUGUAUUUAUGACGAUAAUAACACUAAACCAUUUGUCUCGAUAAAUAAAUCACCGGAAAACUUGCCCGAAUCUCGUCACUUGAAUAUGAAUCUCACUGUUGCCUCUUCUUCUUCUUCUUCAUCUAGUUCUCGAUAAUACUCUCGUUUCUUGAAAAACGAAGAGGAUAACGUCGAAUUCGGGGCGGAUAUUGAAGCUCAUGAAAACCAGGAAAAACCUACAUUGGU